UACCAAACAAGAGAGGCGAUUGGUUAGCAUUAGGCGCUAGCAUUGGGCGCUAGCAUCUCCCAAACAAACAAACACGUGUAAGCCUCUUAACUACAAAUAAAACAGCCCGACCUUCGCCCGCUGUCACGAAAUAGAUGAACGCGGGAGCAACGGGCAAGAUGCGGCAGCCGUUUUUACUCUUCCCUUUCCUGCUUCUAAGGGCUGCCACCAGCGUGCAGGUCACCGGUUUGGGGAAGAUAACCGUGGAAUACGGCAAGGAUGCUUCCUGCAAGUGCGAGCUGCACGACCAGAAAGGUGUGCAGCAGGUGACAUGGCAGAGGCGUCUGCGGGACAACCGCUUUGAGAAUGUGGCAUCUUACAGCGAGUACCACGGACAGCACAUCAACGAGCCUUACCGGGGCAAGGUGAUUCUCAGCGAGACGUCCCUCACCUCGGCGUCCCUCACCCUGAAGAACGCCACGUGGGCGGACGAAUGUUGUUACAUCUGCAUCUUCAACGUGUUCCCGGAGCCUUCCAAAAGGAAGCAGACCUGCCUGACCGUGCAAGGAAUCUCUGAGGUGAACGCAACGGUCGAUCAACCAGACAGCGGGCUCACCGACGGAACCACGACAGCCGUGUUCAGCUGCUCCGCCACCGGGAAACCGCCACCCUUCAUCCGCUGGGACUUCUCGCACAACGCCACCAUUUUAAACAAGACGGUGUCCACCACGGUGGGCAACGAGGACGGCACGUUCACCAGCACUCACAAUGUCACCUUGCUCGUGGUGGGGAGUUGGGACGGCCAUUCGGAUUGCGUGGUGCAAAGCAGCAGUCAAAAGAAGACGGUGAGGGUUCCUUUUUCUUGGGAUCCCACCAGCCUGGAGGAAGAAGACACAGCAGGUGGAGCACCACCCAAAACAGGAGUCAUUCUUACUGGGAUGGUUGUGCUGGCUGUGAUUGUUGCAAUUGGUGUGACGGUCCUCGUAGUCCUAGGAGUCUGCAUUAGAGGAAAACUAAAGCGGUUUAAGUUCAUUUCGGUCGUGUAGUUUUUGGUCGGCACUCCCAGACAGCUUGUGGCUUGGCGAUCAGCAGAAUGAACCAACUGAGCAGCCAAUUUCAACCCAGCGCCGCUUUAUGCAGCUUCACAAUGUUUCUGUUACAGCAAGUCAAUGUCUUGGGGCUUUGCUGCGAUUUCAUUAGCCUUUGACACCUACUUGAGUUUGUCAUUUAAUGAUAGCUUCAGUUCAUACCAUUGUAGAAGGAACAGUCCAGUCAUGCUCAAAAGUCACGUCCUAGUUGGGCUUUUCAGUUGAAAGAUUCUUAGCAAACUGAAGACAGAUUCUUGAAGUAAUUGUAUAUAGUACCUGACACAGACUUUCAGAUCCAAUGUUUAGAAAAAACAUUUGGCUCAUUUGCAAAUUUAAACUUGUCUGAAUUAUUUUUUUAUAAACGCUGGAUCUUAUUUAUAUUAUGGUUACGUUAUAAAUGAUAUACAUAUAUAUAUAGAUAUAUAUCAGUUUGAUUUUUAUGUUGACGCUGAUUUGAAAAUACAUGUAUAAUUAUGCAAGAUCAAUGCAAUGCCCUCUUCUGCUGCACUAAUAAAGAUGAAAUAUGUAGAUUUAUGUUUGAGUUCAAAUAAAACCUUCACGCACUCGA